AUGCUUCCUUCUUCGGUUCUUUUUCUCGUGGCUAGUUAUCUUGUCAGUUUAGUCGCUGGUUUCGAUGCACUGUCGAAAUCCAAUGUUGCCGUUUAUUGGGGACAAAACUCAUACGGUGGACAACAACGGUUAAGCACUUACUGUGAAUCAGAUGCAGUUGAUAUUGUGCUCUUAUCUUUCCUUUACUCAUUCCCAAGCAAUCUUCAACUUGAUUUCUCCAACGCCUGCAGUGAUUCUUAUCCUGAUGGCUUGAAGCACUGCUCAACGAUUGCUCAGGACAUCAAGACUUGUCAAAGUCUUGGAAAGAAGGUGCUUUUAUCGUUGGGAGGUGCGCUGGGUGCGUAUGGAUUUACCAGUGAUUCCCAAGCUACCACUUUUGCUACUACGUUAUGGAACAAGUUUGGUGGAGGUAGUGACGAUGAACGGCCGUUUGACGAUGCUGUUGUUGAUGGUUUUGAUCUUGACUUGGAAAACAAUAGUCAAACCGGAACGGUAGCUCUUGGAAAGGCAUUGAGAACCAACUUUGCCAAGGAUACCAGUAAGACGUACUAUCUCUCGGCUGCUCCUCAGUGUCCGUACCCUGAUGCAUCAGUAGGAAAUUACUUGAGUGGAGUUGAUGUUGACUUUGCCUUUAUCCAAUUUUACAACAAUUACUGUGCGUUGGGUUCGAAUUUCAACUGGGACACUUGGCAAACAUUUGCUUCUGGAACUUCUCCAAAUAAGGAUAUCAAGCUUUUCUUGGGACUUCCAGGUGCUCAAAGUUCUGCUGGUUCUGGUUAUGUGACUCCAGAUACCGUUAAGCAAUAUGUUGAUCAGAUCAAAUCCACUAAUAAUUUCGGAGGUAUCAUGUUGUGGGAUGCAUCGUCUGGUUUUGGAAAUGUUGUCGAUGGAACACCGUUUGUGGAACAAAUGAAGAAUAUCUUGAGCGGUUCUAGCUCGGGUUCGGGAAAGGCGGCGACGACUAGCGUGGCUCCAACUACCCUGGCUUUGGCUCCAACAACCCCAUUGACAACCGUUAAAGACACCACCACACUGACUUCGACUUCUGUUCCAAAUGUGCUCACCAAGGUUAUUACCCCAACUGCAUUUGAAACCUAUACGAGAAUUGCUACCACAUUCAUCGUAUCGACGGUAAAGGGACCUCAGACGGCUACUUAUGACAACGGACAGUACCGUGCUGAUUACUACUAG